AUGGAGGGCAACGAACAAAACUCCGCUGAGGAGCUCUUGGAGAAAGGACGAUACUAUUGUGGUCAAGGACAAACUAUAAAGGCCAAGGAGAUUUUCGAGAGAGUGUUGGAGAUACAAACGAAAGAGUUAGGUGGAGACGAUCCUUCUCUGGCCAUCACACUCAACCACAUUGGAGCUGCACUGCUGAAUGAAGAGAAUUACGACGAAGCCAUGGGGACACUCGAAAGAGCUCUUGGCAUGCAGUUGGGGAAUUUGGGAGCAACAGAUGCUGACAUAGGAAGAACCUACGAAUCCAUUGGUAGAGUCUCUCUGGGUCAAGGCAACUACGAAAAAGCCGAAGUAUUGUUCCGAAUAGCUCUGAAUAUCAAACUCGAACUUCCGGCAACACACAUGUCUGAUUUGAUGGAUGUGUGUCACAAUCUAGUGGUGUCAUUGCAAAUGCAAGGCAAGGUUUCAGACGCAGUCAUGAUGCAAAAGGGGGUACUUGCGAAACAACUAGAAAUGCACGGGGAAGACCACCCCGAGGUUGUAAAAUUGUACGUUGGGAUUGCAGUAUCGCUGAAAACACAAACUAAGUUGAACAAAGCUCUUCAGAUGCUUGAUAAAGGCAUCGAAGUUUGUUCUCGACUACAACGGACAGGAGACUUCGAUGCAGAUAUAUUUGAAGUAGUGCUCCUUAGCAAAGCAUUAUGCCUGCAAAGACAAGAGAACUUUGAAGGUGCCACGGAGGUGUUCACCGAAUUGCUAAUGUUUCAAAAGGAAACGUUAGGUGAAAUACGACUCUCAACAGCACAGACCUAUGAAAGUCUUGCACUCUUAUAUGCCCGACAAGACAUGACGGAUGAUGCCAUCAAGGCGUACGCGAACGCCAUCCAUGUUUUCAAAACGGUGCUCGGUGAUGAUUAUCCUAAAACAAAGGAGCUUGCGCCGACCCUUAAAUUGUUAAAGCGCGAGAAAAUUGCGAAAACACUGAGACUACAAGGACUGGAAAUGAAGGCGCAAGGCGAUUUGGCAAAUUCGGUACUACUCUUCCAAGAGGCCCAGAUUAUUUACAAGGAAAUCCAUACUGCUCACCCCAGUCCGGAAGCAGUUUCCAAGAACAUUUAUGCUGCCAACAUUGAUAUCGCAGCAUCCUUGGAGUUGUUUUCGGCUUGGAAAGUUGAUCAAGGUUUGUUGGAAGAUGCAAUCACUGUUAGUGCAGACGCCUUGAAGAUUCGUCGAAGAACACUUGGAGACGAUCAUACUGACACGAAGGAGCGUAUGGAAGUUCAUAGAUCUUUACUGAAACGUCUCUUGGAGAAUCGGAGCUAA